UAUCCACUCCUAACUUGGGAAUGCUGUUGAGCAGGUUGAGGUAUGUGAGCAGGUUCUCAUAUGUAGUGAAAUGAAAGCAGCAAGAAGGAAACGUGUGUUCCUGUACUCUACAUAUGACACAUAAGCAAUAAUCAUGAGUCUUCCUGGGGAUGAGAAACGUGGCCUUUUAGUGGGAAUGACAGCAACGGUCCUCCACUGAAUGUGCCACAAAGGUGUCAGCUGAGGUGCACAGAGGAAGGUGUGUGUGUGUGGGGGGGGGGGGGGUGUAUAAAGGAGGAGAUGGAGCAGAAAGAAAUGCUUUUCAACCACACGACUCCCCACAUUUCACCCUCAGACCCCAAACCUGCAUUUCGCCGAUACUUUGUACUCAUCCCCUUUGUAGUACUCACGCUGAUCGGAUGCGUAGUUGCAAUGGUUGUAUAUAUGAAGAGGAGAUCGAGAUUAGAGGAGCUGCGCCACAGGCUGAUUCCUCUGUACAGCUACGACCCCACAGAAGAACAGGACGGCUGGGAACAAUCUGACAAUGUGGACGAGGAGGAGGAGCUAACUGAACCUUUGUACAAGGAAGGAAAGCUCUCCUUCUCCUCAUCUGCUUAUGGGACAUGAACAGAAAAUCAAGAAAAAAUAUGUGCCCAGUUACAGGAAAAUGUCUUCCUUUAUAUCAUAUAUUGCAGAUGCUAUGCAGAUAAAGACUGGUCUUCCCCAUGAGGAUUAAAAACAGCAUCUGAGUGACAUUCAACAGCUACUAGCACUGCAUCAGAUCAUUUAAUUUCAGUUUCUUUCCUCACAGUGUUUUCUGUGUAGCGCAGUGGACAGCAGAUGGCGCUGUAGUCCCGUCUCUUGCCUCAUUUGAAAACUUCCCUUUCUCUUUCAAAAGACAUGCAUACAAAGUGUUAUGAAGGACAAGAUAUUUUGGAGCAAUAAACUGAAACCUAAAAUCCCAUUUAAAGGCUGCUUGUUUUUGUGUGUGCAUCUCUAAAAUUAAUUACGACUUCACCUCAAAGAGCUUCAAAGACACACCUGUUCCUGCUUGGUAAUCAGGGGAUUUGCAGUUCUGUAGAGGUUCCUCAGGUGGAUAUGUCUUCUAUUCACAUGUUCUGGGAGCUUUUACAGUACAGGAAAAUGGGAUCAGAAAGAAAGAGCAGCUCUGAACCUGGACAGCCUGCUGUGUUACUACUGUCCUCUGCAGCACAAAGGAAAGUCCUGCCCUAACAUCACAAGCCAGUGUCUGCCCGAUCAGCGCUGUUCCAGCUCCAGAGGCCACUACGGCUCCAUCCAUAUCCUUU